GCCGGUGGGCGGGGCUUCGAGGCGGUUGCCUUGGUUUCCAAACCCCGCUGCGGCCUGGUCUGAGGCGAAGCCGGGCGCUCCGUUGGGGAUGCUCGCUUUGGAGGGCGACGGAGAGUCGGGAUGGAAGGCGAGAAGAGAAGAUCAAAAGAUGAUACUUGGAAAGCAGAUGAACUAAAGAAGCAUCUUAAGACAUCUCGAUCAGAUAGUCAGUCUGAAGACAGGAGGCAUCGACAGAGGAAAGCACGAGAUGGAGACAGACAUGAUGCUGAUGAUUACAAAGAGGGUACGCAGAAGGACCAAGACAAAGAGAGAGCAGCACUGAAAGAGAAAAUGAGGUUUAAAUCAAGUGAAAGGCACCGGGAUGAAAAAAGAGAGAAAGUUAGAGAAAAAGAAUAUUCUGAAGGGCAAGAGAGAGAGAAAAAUCCAGUGAUUCAUGAAAGAUAUACAAAAGAAGAAAAAAGUGGAGAGAGACACAGUGGUAAAGAGAAAGAGAGAAAGCAUAAGAAAGAAGAGCUGGCACUUUUGGAAAAUGUCAUGAAAGCUUAUGGGGAAAGGAGUAAAGAACAUCAUAAAAGAAGAGGGAGCAAGGAUUAUACAGAUCACCCAAAACUAAAAGGUGACGAAAGAGAGAGAAGACAUACAGAGAGAAAGAAUGGGGAGAGGAAGAACAGUGUUGGUGAGGAUUCAGCAAAUAGACAUGAAGAACGGGAGCAUAGGCACAGACCACACAAGGAGCAAGACCCAGAUAAGGAAAGAAGACAAAGGCAUAAAGAGAAGAGAGAGCAGGAAUUUGUAGCUGUUGAAGAAAAAGAGAAGCAUUUGAAAUUAAAGAGCUUUACAUCUCUCAGAGAUGGCGAAGAAGGCCAUGUGUCAAGGAGACAUAAAGAGCAAUCACAUCAUGGCGGGAGACAUCAUCGGGAGACUGGUGAAAGUCAACAAAAAGAGGAAAGCGAAGAAAAAAAGAGGGAUCACCACAAGCACGGUGAGCACAGAAGUCACCAUAGAAGCUCAAGGCAUGAAGGCAAUUCAGACCAUCGGCAUGAGAGGAGUGCUAAAGAAAAAGUAAAGAAACAUGGCACGGGUGAAAGAGAGGACAUAAAACAAGAUCACCACAAAGCUAAUGACCUGUCAGCCAUGGGACCAAGUCACAAAAGGCAAGCAUCUGAAGAAGAAGAGCAAGAAGAAGAAAAUGAAGUGAAGAAAGGUACUUCCUAUCCAGAUCCAGAUCAUGAUUCUUCAACAAAUUAUGAAGAUGAUUUUGAGGAUUAUGAAGAUGAUUUUGAUGAUGUAGAUGAUGAAGAUGAUGAGGAAGAGGAAGAUAAUCAGGAACAGGAAAAGGAAGAAGGAGAAGCAGAACAAAGAGUAAACAAACCACUUAUGGCCAAGAACACAGAAAUUGAAGAAAUUCGAAAAGCAAUUUAUGCUGAAAAUGAAAUGAUUGGGAGCUUGCUACCCAAGCAGAGAAAGAAAGAAUUUCAUCCAAAAGAACCUGAAAAGAAACCAAAAAUCGAAAGACAAGAUUCAUCUGCUCAUAUGGCUAAGUCUGGAAAGUUCAUUGAUUUUCAAACAGCUAAACAGCGGCAAAAUAACAGAAAGAUUGCCAGUCAACAGAAGAAACGUAGUGCUGAACUCCUACGACUUAUUGACCUGGACUUUUCAGUCAGCGUCUGCUUGCUGGAUUUGCCUCCAGUAAAUGAAUAUGACAUGUAUAUCAGGAACUUUGGAAAAAUAAAUACAAAGCAGGCCUAUUGUCAGUGGAAUGAAGAUAAUUUGGAUAGAGACAUUCAGACUGAGGAAAUAGAGACUCAAGAAAAGUGGACACAGCAUCCUGGAGAAACUGCCCUUGUGUGUGGAGGUCUAAAAAGCACUAGUGAUGUUUCUCCUCUUACACCAAAAAUUGAUUCCCAGAGAUUAGCAAGUUUUCUUCGGUCAGCUUGUCAGGUGAUUGAAGUUCUCCUUGAGGAAGAUCAAGUAGCAAUACAACCCAGACGGAAUUUAAGAUCACGGCCCUCCAGUCUGUCUAUUUCUGAUAGAUGUUUUCAGUUAAAUACUGAUCUGCCUUUCCUAAAUGGUCCAAUGUUUUUCUUAGGUCGAAAAAUAUCGCACUUGCAUAUCUCUCAGGCUCAGAGGCAGGCUCUGCUUUCCGUCCAUGGGCUACCUGAAAAAUCAAGUGGCUUGCUACUGGACAGAAAAUAUAUCAUUUGCGUGUGGAAUGUCUGGCAACCCUCCAGUCCUCAGAAAUUAUUAUUCUGUGAAUCACAGGUAACGUGCUGCUGCUUUAGCCCCAGUAAAGCUAUUUUAGUAUUUGCUGGGACAGUUGAUGGUUCAGUGUUGGUAUGGGACCUCAGAGAAGACUCCAGGAUGCACUUCUCCAUGAAAGUCAACGAAACAAAUUGGACAUUUCGAUCUCCUACAUUUUCUACUGAUGGAGUAUUUGCCCCAAUAAACCACACAUGUCCUGUGCUGACGAUUGAACCUAUCUCAACAUCUGUCUUCAAAGAGCAGAAUUCUGGGCUUUCCUAUCUCUCAUUUCAAGAAGAAAUGUUAGGGCUUUCUUUUCAGAUUGCCUCAAUGGAUGAAAAUGGGACUCUCACUCUGUGGGUAGUGGUUGAACUUCAAAAGGGGGAUUUGGCUGGCUCACAAAGUGAUUUAGGCUUAAUUCCUGGUGGGAAAAUAAAGUUGGUCCAUAGCUCUACUGUGCAGCUGAACUGCAGCCUCUCUCCAAAAGAUAUGUUCAUGGGAGUACCCCAAACACUGAACAUUAAAUUUCUGCCUUCAAAUCCGAAUCACUUUGUUGUUGGAACAGACGUUGCCGUCGUGAGUCACGGUACGAGGCAUGAAUUAAAAGUACCUCCCAAGUGGUUCAAACCUCAGCAGGGAGGACCAAGAUCAAGCAGAGUCAACGCAAUUGACUUCUCCCCUUUUGGAAAGCCAAUAUUUUUGGUGGGAUGUUCAGAUGGGAGUAUAAGAUUGCAUCAAAUGACUUCUGAGCUUCCACUCAUGCAGUGGAACAACAGCACCUCGGGGAAGCCAAUCAUUGCCCUCCAAUGGGCCCUGACUAGGCCAGCUGUGUUUUUUGUUUUGGACGCAACAUCAGUUGUUUACAUCUGGGAUCUGCUGGAAAAUGACUUGUCGCCGGUAGCAAAACAGCCUAUCUGGUCAGAUAUGGUUAUAACUAUGGCUGUUCUGGGUGAGCCUGAAAAACCUAAUGGUCUCCUCGGGAUUGCACUGGCCAAAGAAUCUGGAACAAUUGACAUUAAGUAUGUAAAGAAGAAAUGGGCGCUGCCUCAACCGGAGGAGUCUGAGAAAUUAAACUUACGAUUGCAGCAAACCUUGUAAAAUCCAAACAAAUGCCUUUCUCUGAAUACACAAAUAUGACACUGAUUUUGGAUGUAUUUAUUAAUAUUUGGAUUUUAACCUAACAUCAAUUUCAUAUUUUAAUUCAUAUUUUGUAAAACAAAUGUGUGUAUAUAUAUAGCAUAUGUAUAUAUAUUUAAGAAUCAACACAGUAUUUGACAUAUUGAAUAUUUUUUCAGACACAAAGCUGAACAAAUAUAUAUGAAAUCAUACCAUCAAAGGAAGAUGUACAGUAUGCUUAUAUUUAGUUCAAAAAUGUAUUUACUUUACAUGUGCUACAUAAAUCUUUAUAUUUUGUAAUAAA